AUGGCGGCCGACGACGAAAAACCCCCGCCGCAACGACCAGGCUCCAACAAUGGCCGCUCGAGUCCGGUAGACCUCGUUCUGCGGGAGACACAGUACUUUUAUGCUGUGGUGCUACUCGCUGCCUUCAUCGGCUGCGCUGCUUGGUACAGCGUGUACAAUGCCAAGAAGGACGAGGACCUCGUGCAGCCCCUCGUCAAGGGGCCUGGAGGGAAGCCCUUGCCGAUAACGAAACGCAAGAAGCGCGACAACGGCGAACGCAAGAUAGGCCCCCGAUUCGGCCGCGCGGCGAAGAACGUGUUCCGCUACCUCGCUGGUGUCGUAUUUCUCGCCUACGUCGCCAGCGGCGCCGCCACCUUUAUACACGCAUUCUACCACGAGAACCCUUAUAAAUGGUCAAGAGACGGGCUGCCCUGGGCUGGCGAAUGGACCGUGGUUCAUCUAACCGGUGCCACCUUCUUCUACCUCUACAUUCUCUUCUCCCUGUUCGACUGGCGAAAGGGGCCAAACGUCGUCCACCUCAUUGUCUGGGUUCUUGGCCUCGUUGGGGAGAUCGUCUUAUCGACGUCCACUUUCAUUGCCGCGGCCGACUGCCACUUCGCCCGAUCUGCGCGGAGGCUCGACUCCGAAGGAGAUUCCAGCUGCAUCGACUACUGGACAAAGAUCGAUUUGAUUCUGUACUUUGUGCGCAUCCUGCACCUGUUGCUGUGCAUCUCCCUCUAUUGUGCCGCGUGGGUCUUCAAGGUUCGCCGAGGGGACGAAUCACUCGAGGAAGGCCGAGCAACGGAAUCGACACCGUUGCUGCUCAACGGCUCCACCCACGCAUCGUACGAGACACAAAAUGGGCACGCCCAGAACGGACGUGCCGAGCGCGUCGCCGACGACCGGAUGGACCGACGACGCAGCCGGUCCAUGUCAAAUGCGAACAAGCCGGCCGGCAAGAGCAGACCCGGCAAGGAUGAGCCUGCCGGAUUCUAUCGCCCAGAAAAACUUCCCCACAGGACGUGGUGGGAAUACAUGAGGGGAUACUCGCUAUUCUUCCCCUAUCUGUGGCCAAAGGACUCGUUGGUCCUGCGGCUGCACGUCCUCGUCUGCUUCGGGCUGGUCAUUCUGCAAAGAUUGGUCAACAUGACUGUACCGACACAGAUUGGCCGUGUCGUUGACAAGCUCGAUGCUGUCAUAAACGACGUGAAGCGUGGAGAGCCACUGACCGUGGAAAGCUUCCCGCUGUGGGACUUCGUGCUGCUUGGUUUGCUCUGGAUCAUGCAGGGCCAGUCAGGGCUCCUUGGGUCGUUGAGAUCGCUGCUUUGGAUCCCGGUCUCGCAGUACUCGUAUCGGGGGCUGACGACAGCUGCAUUCAACCACGUGCACUCGCUCAGUCUCGACUUCCAUUUGUCGAAGCGCACCGGCGAGGUCCUCUCUGCCCUCAACAAGGGGUCCGCCAUCAAUCAGUUCCUCGAGCAGGUGACUUUCCAGGUCGUCCCGAUGCUCUUCGACCUGUUUCUGUCCAUCUACGUCUUCUAUCACUACUACGGUGCCUUCUACGCCGAGAUCAACCUGGUGGAUACAUGUUGGUAUCUCUACAUGACCAUCAAGAUGGCAUCGACGAGGGCGGACCAGAGGCGACUGAUGACCAAUGCUGAUCGCGAGGAGGAAGCCGUCAAGAAUGACUCAAUCUCGAGCUACGAGACGGUCAAAUACUUCAACGCCGAGGAAUUCGAGUCAAGGCGAUACCAGGACAGGGUCGGCGUGUUCCAGACUGCCGAGGCCAAGGUGCAGAUGGGCAUGGUCAUGAUGAACAUUUGCCAGACCUUGGUCUUCAACCUGGGCAGAAUCAUUGCCGCCAUGGUCUGCGGAUGGCAAGUCGCCGUCGGCGUGCGGACGCCCGGCAACUGGUUCAUGAUCGUGUCUUACCUGACACAGCUCCAGGGCCCCCUGAACUUCUUCGGCACAUUUUACCGCACCGUUCAGCAGGCCAUGAUCUCCGGCGAGCGCCUGCUCGAGCUUUUCAAGAUUCAGCCCACGGUGGUCGAUACCCCCCACGCCGAGCCUCUGACCAACUUCCAAGGGCACAUCCGGUGGAACAAUGUCAGCUUCGCCUACGACCGGCGCAAGCCAGCCCUGCGCAAUGUCAGCUUCGACUGCGCGCCGGGCACCACGACGGCGUUUGUCGGCGAAUCGGGCGGAGGCAAGUCGACGCUGUUCCGCCACAUGUUCCGCUACUACGAUUGCGAUGAGGGCAGCAUUGAGCUAGACGGCAAGAACGUGAAGGACCUCACGAUCAACUCUGUGAGGCAGCAUAUCGGCGUUGUGCCGCAGGACACGACUCUCUUCAACGAGUCGCUCAUGUACAACCUCAAGUACGCCAAUCCGGCAGCCACCGACGAGGAGGUGUAUCAGGCAUGCAUCGCGGCGAGCAUACAUGAGCGCAUAAUGUCGUUCCCCGACAAGUACGAGACGCAGGUUGGAGAGAGGGGCAUGCGACUCAGCGGCGGCGAGAAACAGCGUGUCGCGAUUGCUCGCACCAUCCUCAAGGACCCUCGAAUCAUCAUGCUUGAUGAGGCGACCUCGGCGCUUGACACACACACCGAGCAAGAGAUCCAGGACAACGUGUGGAAGAUUGGCAAAGGGCGCACGUUGCUUGUCAUCGCGCACCGGUUAUCUACCAUUACACAUGCCGAUCAGAUCAUUGUCCUGCACGCCGGAGCAGUCGUCGAGAAGGGUACCCACGAGGAGCUUCUGGCAGCUCAGGGCAGGUAUGCCUCCAUGUGGGAGAAGCAGAUCCGGGCCGAGAAGGCCCUGGACAAGGCACGCGAGGCGACUGUCAAGGCGGCCAAGGCACUGAAGCGGGCCAACAUGGCGGCCAAGAAGAACGCCGCCGAGGAGCACGGCGACGAUUAUCAUACUUUGGGCUCAUCUGGCACCCUGUCAGACAACGAGACGUCCAAAAGCAAGGGCGACGAAGAGAGCUCGUCCUCAUCGUCUGGAACUUCGGCGUCGUCUUCGGAUGCCGAGUCCACACACGAAGACGACCACUCCUCGGAGCAUGGCUCCGACGGUGCGUCGACGUACAAUGGCCGACGCCCCGAACCUCGAAGUUAG